GAGAGGCGAGCGUGGGGGCCGGGGGGCGUGGCCGGGCGGAGGGACGCUGGGAGUGGCGGUUGUUUCAAGAUGGCGGAUGUGGCCGCGGGGCCGAAGCCGGAAGGAGCCGCUCGCUGGAGCCGGGACCUGUCUGAUGAAGACCAGCCGCCUGUGUACGUCCCAGGAGUUUCAGCAGAGAGGAAUUUUAGAUCAAGAAGCCUGCUGAACGUUCAGAAAGCAGAAGUGAAGGGGAAGGUACCAUCAGCUGCUGCUCCUGUUCCGAUGGAUGCCUCGAAAAGCACUGGGGAGGUGCCUGCCCAGCAGGUCCCUGACAAAGGAGGAAUGAAGAGUGCUUCUCUAAAGGAUUUAUGUCCUGAAGACAAGAGGCGCAUAGCAAACUUAAUUAAGGAGCUUGCAAGGGUGAGUGAGGAAAAAGAGGUGACAGAAGAGCGGCUGAAAGCGGAGCAGGAGUCGUUUGAGAAGAAGAUCAGACAACUUGAAGAACAGAACGAACUCAUUAUCAAAGAAAGGGAAGCCCUGCAGCAGCAAUACAGAGAGUGCCAAGAACUUCUGAGCCUUUAUCAAAAGUAUCUCUCGGAGCAACAAGAAAAGCUAACACACUCCCUUUCAGAGCUUGAAGCUGCCAAGCAGAAGGAGCAGCAGAUGGUUAACCAGCGAACCGUCUGUCAGUCCCUGCCAUCGUCGGAACUGGAUGGGUCCUACCUUAGUGUAGCCAGGCCACAAACUUUAUACAAGAAUGACAGAAUGGCGUGUGGAAGUUCUAGUUCCAUAUUUCUGGCCCAGCCUUGUAGAAACGGUGGAGUUCUUGGAGCAUCGCCACAGGGUAUUUGCCAGGAAGAUAGGAAUGGAUUCUUGUUGGAAAAUGGGGUGCACGGAAAGCGCAACAAUCUGGUGUCCCCACCAGAGCAGAAGGUGCCUCCCCAUGUUAAAAGAACCCCUGACAUGGACCCCAGGAAGAACAGUUGUCCUCUUCAAACUUGUUUUUUCCACCAGAAACCAGGAAAUUCAGAGCACAGCCCUUUCCAAGAUGGCUGCCACACUCCAAAGAGAUACUCCUCGCCGCGUGGCGAGUCCUCGGCCGAUUACUCUCGCCCACCGCAGCCAGUCCCGUUGAGCCGCAGCGCAGAUUUGAGAUCGAAAGAAACAGAGCGCGGCAAAAGGUUGCCGGAAGAAAGAAGAAAGGAGCUCCAGCUACAGAAGCUAGAGCUGGAGAUUGAGAAGGAGCGCCUUCAGAAUUUGUUAGCUAAGCAGGAGGCGAAACUGCUGCUUCAGCAACAGCAGCUCCACCAGUCCCGGCUUGAUUACAAUCGGUUUAAAGGCCACACUCCUCAUUCAGAAGAACUGGUCAUGGAUGAAGUCCUGAUGAGACCGGGAAGCUUCAUCCCAGUGAUGAAUGGUACCGGUGGGGGCCUAAGUUCCCCCAGGCUCAACUGCGAAGGGUGCUUUCCGAGAACUCCAACCUCCAGGGGAGCCUGUCGAGCGUCAGGGAGCAGCAGAGGAAGCAGUUCGGGGAAGAAGAGCGUCGGCUUCGGUGCCCGAGCGGAAAGCGAAACCCUUUGGGAGUGUCCCGGGAAGGAAACGGUCAGGCCAAGAAGAGGGACGCCUGCCAGCUCCCCGAAGGCUGUUGCUCCCUCCCCUGGACUGCCAAGCAGCAGAAAGGAGCUCGUCACUACAGCCACGUCCCCAAUCCAGCCUGACACCUCCCGAUAUGAUUCCUCUCUCCUUGAGCUGGUGGACGCCAUGAGCCCAGGGCUGCAGCAUCAAUAUGGCGAGGGUUGCAGCCACCACCGCGUGUUUGCGCAGCAGCAGAGCGGGAAGCGGAGGAACUUCGGUUGGAGUUUGAGCCCUUCACGCAGCACCCGACGUGGGACGGCAGAGUUAGAAGAGAGCCGGAUCCUGGAGGAGAUUUUUUUCAUCUGAUAGGCCCAGCGCUUCCCACUCCCUUGACAGAAUCAAGGCUCUUCCUUCCCUUUCUUAUGUGGGCGUGUUUACAUGUCAAUAUCAUUUUUAAAUUAUUCAAUUGACGAAUGAUUGUCUCCUCUCUCCUCCCCCCACCCCUUUCAGAAAAUUAACACGAUGGGUCCCAUGUCUAAUUUCCAAAUCAUGUUACAAAAGCGUCUUUCUUUUCUUUUCUUUUUUUAAACCAAUGGAGCCAGAAUGUUGGUGGAACAUUUUGGGGCUCUUUUCAUGCACUGGUACAAGGGGGGGAAAUUUAAAGGAUAAAAAAAAUUCAUGCUAUUGUGGAAAAGGAUUUUCAUUAUUGAUUUUUGUUUUGUAGCUGUGCAAAUCAGUUUUUCCAGAACGUCAUCUCCCACUAACUGACUCGCACACAAAAGCGCAUUUCAGCUAUGUAAUUUUCCAGUUCCAAAGUGGCCUGUUAAAACUGCACGUCCUACAUACAGGAGUAGCUAAUGAGUUUCUAGAACCUUUCAUCAUCUUCUGCAGUGGGCCCUUUAAGUGACUUGUAGGCAGACGACCUGCUCCUCCUCUCAACCCUAAUAGAUGUUUUCCCAUGACUGAAUCUCUUAUAAAAUGUGCCUCUUUUUUAAUUUGAUUUUAAUUUUUUUAAAAAGUGAAGGGUGUAUUAACACCUAGAAUAACUGCUAGGGUAGUGUGAGCUGCUGUCCUAAGAAAGCAUGAGCACCUUGACCAUCUCAAUGGCUAAAAUUUUCUCCCCCCCUCCUUGCGGCUGGGGAACAAGAUCAGUGGAGGGAGUGUUUUCUCUGACUGAAUCUCUUUUCCCGUUUUUAACAUUCUGCCCACUCCCCAGUAUUGUAAAUAAAGACAAAGCAGUAAUUAUUUCUCCUCCAUACUUAUAAUGCAUCUUCCUCCUUCUGGGUUUAAUUAUUGAUGCUGUAUCUAUUUCAGUUUAUUUUUAAAAGAUGCUUUCCCCACCUCCACUCCCCCCCGCCACUGCACACUUAGCUAUUUAAAGAAACCUAUGGAAUCGGUAAAGAUGGCUGCAGAUGGCAGGAUCCACAGAGAGGCUCUGCGUAAUGUAAUAUUUACACAUCGUCAGAACAGUCGUCCCUGUCGCGACUUCCGAGCCAUACGGUGUCCAGAGGCCAGGCGAGGAGAGCGCUUUUUCUCCUUCCAGAUGGGCUGCUUGUGGCAAAGGGUGGUCAGUGCUUAAGGGGGGGGGGGAACCUACGCUUUCCGAUCUGCCCUUGGGGCACUUUAUCCUAGCCUCCUCCACCCAUGUGCCGGCAGCUCCCCAAUGAGAGAGCAGAGGAAAGUGUUGAGGAGUUCUGUCCAGAACAGAAUCGGGUCUGCCCUUUGCUGGCUUGGACCCCAGGUGUGUGGGGGGGAGGCGGAGGGCUCUGCCCUCAAGAGGUCACGAGGUGGCGUUCCUCAAGGCAGAGGAGGGGGAGGCUAAGCACCCCUUCCCAGGCCUCAAUGUUACGUUCCAGUGGUAGCCGGUUGCGGGGUCUCGGAGGCACUCUGGAUUGCCAAGCAGAGCCAAACUUAAUAAUCGAAGGGGGUCAAGAGCUGCCUGGGCACUCCAGAUUUAAUUGUGCAGCGUGCGAACCUCUUUUGCAUUACAACCAUCGCAGGUCAAAAUCGGAAAUGCUGAACUCAUGAAUAUACUGCAGGCUUUAAACGGGUUUGGUGCUAACUCACCAGAGGAUUGCUCCCUUGAGUUUUUGUCAAUUUCAGUUUCUGCUCUGGCCUUACCUCUGACAUCUCUGUCAUUGCAGCCGCUGGCUGCGAAUAGCCAGUUGUUCUCCUGGGGCUGCGUCUCUCGCCACCCAGCCACUCCCAUAGCUGCCUUUUUCAUGCUUCUCCUGUUUUAAGUAUAGAAAUUACAGAAAAGGAGGGGAACGAGGCUAUGAUAAAACAAAAGGACCCCUUCUGAAACCUUUGUUUUUAGAUGGCCCCACGGCUGGGGCUAAUUUUUGCCUUUUAAUUUCUAAUCACCUUAGGGUGGCCCAGUUGUCAUUCCACUUGCCUGUUUUAAAAAGCUCCAAUUCUCCAUCCUUAAAAGGUGCCUUUGGGUUUACAUUCCAGAGCUCUUGCGCUGGAGUGAUUUUUUUUUCAUCUCCAGUUCUUAGCUGGUGCCAAUAUUUAACCUCUUUUAAUAUUGAAUUGGGGAUUUUUGAUAAAGCUCUUGAUAAACAAGUUGGAUUAGCGCUGUUGAUUUUUUUUUUUAAUGUCAAAUUGUACCUUGGUCGUUAAUGUCUCUUGAAAAGAAGCAGUGUCGGGGAGUUCAAUUAUAAACUCUACAUUUAUGGUAAACUGUCUGAGGCACUUUUAAAUGAACAAAACAGAACUUAGUGAUCAAGGGGGUGAAAGAUGACUUGUAUUAGGUGACCAGGAACUCCCGAUUUAAUUAUGUAAAGUUCCGAAUGAGUAAAGCGGCCGACAUUUUGGUAUAUACGUGAAGAUUCGUGUGUGUUCAAUGGGGAAUGUACCUAUGACCCCCUGUCGUUGUGCAUGUUGGCAGAAUCGUCUGGGAAUGUUUAUCAUUGCCCAGUCAGUCUGCAUAACCUCCGGGUGUUGUUGGCAACACCAUUCACAUGUAAAGCAGUGAAUGUGCGGCUACAGAGAGGAGUAUGCAGAAUGACUGAGUUUCCAGUGUUCAUUCGAAGUCUGCAAAUUUCCUAGCAUGCUAUGGAAAGCGCAGUUGACUGUCUGGUGAGUGUUUUUGCCUUCUUGUGUGUGCACGUUCUCGUGUUAGGGGGAGUGUGCAUGACAAACGGUGUUUGUGUACAACUUCUGCAUUGGAGGUUUGUAGCCCACGAUGUGCAUCGGCCCUCCAGAAACCCAGCGUGGGCAACUCUUCCUUCGCUGCCCUCUUGGCUGCUGUGCUUAACGGUAGAAUCCCUGUUUUGCAACCAAUGCAAAGGGUGUGUGUGUUAAUCACAACAUAUUAUAAAAUCAUGAGAAACCUAUAUGGGCUCGGAGCAGGGAGUUUGGGUAGAGGGGCAGGAGUCGACCGCUGUCAAAUAGAGAAGGAUUUAAAAAAAUCAGUGGUCAUAGACAACCAAACUUUAUUUUUCCUGCCACUACAACAACAGAAUCAAAUCUUUAAAUGAGGGGAGAACCCUCUUGGCAUUGUCCCUAUAAAUUAAAAAUCUUAAAGUCGAAACUUGAUGGUGCCAGCAAGGAAGGGAGAAGGGGUUCCCUCUUCAGGGCUUUAUUGGACCAGAGUGGGUGUGGAGUGACUUUUCUUGUGCCAUGUUCUUUUUUUCUUCUCCUACCUUGGGUUUCUUUGUGCCUCAGCCGCCUCUUGGCGCCUCCUCGCCUGCUGUUGCUCCCCUUCCUCUCGUGUGCACUUUGCAAGCAACGGAUGGGUAAAACCAUUGCACAUUCCACACCCUCCCCUUUGUUGGGUCUCCUUGGGAAAUGCUACCUUAAACUUGACUGGGUCUUUUUAAAUAUAAACUUGUGUGAUGUUUUAACUUAAUAAAUUAUCAAGAUGGAUUCCUCCUCA